AUGGCCGGCGAGAAAGCAGGGGCAGGCGGAGGCUGGCACCGGCGCGCGGGCCUGCAGGCGUCAACGGAGGCGAGCCCGGCGGCGGGGAAGCAGGCCACGGGCGAGCGGGCGACGAGCGGCUGUGGCGCGAGGCAAGGCGGGGCGAUGGCGCGGGCGGCAGAGGAGCAGAGCAGCGGAGCGGGGCCGCACAGCGUGGGGCGCCGUCGAGCAUGGCGGCCAGCCGCAGCAGCGGCGACGGGGAUAGCCGCAGCGGGGACAGAGGCGGGGCGAGGGGCGUGGCCCCGAGCGGCGUGCGCGGGUGCGGGAUGGCGAGCAGCGGGCGCGCGGGACCUAGCGGUGAGCGCGGCGGUGCAGUGCAGCAGGGGAGACAGGAGGAGGAGAGGGGUGCGUGCUCACAGCGGGGAGUAG